AUGGGUGUAAGAAUCAUUGUAUCCACCUUGACAGGCCUUGCUGCUUUUGGCGUUGGCCAAUUCAAGAUCUACGGGCCCAAUGUCAACGUACCUAAUCUACGUUUCACUACCUACUCAACAGAGGCAGUAGGUAGAAAACAAUCUUUUACAAGCUAUACAAAAGAUACGAAUUCUGAUAUCCAAUCUUUCACAAGUUAUGCAAGAAAUAGUAACGGCAGAAUCAACGAUUUUACCAGCUACGCCAACAAUUCCAACGUCAUUGGCACAACGUUUACCACGUAUGGUGAGUCGCAAAAUGGUGGGGGCAAUACGUUCAAGUCCUAUGGUUCUAAUGCAAAUGUUUCGAAAAAUACUUUCAAGGGUUAUGGUUAUUAGGUAGGUAAUGCACCUUUUGAGACUUUUAUAAAUUAUAGAGACAAGUCUAAUGUAGGUGAUGAUACUUUUGUUUCAUAUGUGGAUGAUCCAAAUAGUGGUAGAGCAAAUUUUGAGAAUUAUGGUCAGUCAUUUGGUGAGGGGUCUGAUGGAUUUAGUAAAUAUGGAUCUAAAAUCACUGAUGAACAAAUUAUUGGAUUCAAGACUUACGGUGUGAACACAAGUUUUAAAGAGUAUGGAAAAUCAAUUCCUACAUUUGCUGAUUCUAAAAACAAGACUAUUCAUCAGCUUUCAAUAUCUUCCUUGAUGGGCAAAAAUGUGAAUAACAAAUGGGUGGUUAAGCCAGGGAAAUUCUUCAGAGAAAAAAUGUUGAAAAGGGGAACUAUAAUGCCAAUGCCUGAUAUUCAAGAUAAAAUGCCAAAAAGAUCGUUUUUGCCUAGAGUGAUAGCUUCAAAAUUGCGAUUUUCUACUUCGAAAAUCGAUGAGCUAAAGAAAAUUUUCCAUGCCAGAGAUGAUUCUCAGAUGGGGAAAAUGAUAGGCGAUGCAUUGGCUGAGUGUGAAAGAUCACCGAGUGCUGGCGAGACGAAGAGGUGUGUUAGCUCAAUUGAGGAUGCGAUCGACUUUUUCACCUCUGUGCUAGGUCAAAACGUUGUCGUUCGUACAACUGAGAACACAAAGGGGUCAAAGGGGGAUAUCAUGAUCGGAUCAGUCAAAGGAAUCAAUGGUGGGAAAGUAACUAAAUCAGUAUCUUGUCAUCAGAGUUUGUUCCCCUACUUACUCUAUUACUGCCAUUCGGUCCCAAAGGUUCGAGUCUACGAAGCGGAGAUAUUGGAUCCCAAUUCCAAGGCUAAGAUUAAUCAUGGUGUUCCCAUUUGUCAUGUGGAUGCAUCGGCAUGGGGAGCCAAUCAUGGAGCUUUUAUCGCACUCGGGUCGGGACCCGGGAAGAUUGAGGUUUGCCAUUGGAUCUUUGAGAAUGAUAUGACCUGAGUAGUUGAUGAUUGAAAUGGAUCGAUAUUCCAGUGUUCUUAUUUGGGUUGGAUUAAUUAUGCUUAUCAAACCACUUGUUAGACCCUAUUCCCCUUUUGGUCAUGAAAAAACUUUAUAUAAUAGAUAUUUAUUACAUAAGUCAAUGUUCUUGCCCAGAUUAACAUUGCGCAAUUUUAAUACAUUUUAAGCUCUCUUUUGUCGUUAGAGUCUGUUUGAAAAGUCAUUUCCUAAUGAAUUUGGUGUAUUAUUAAGAUAAUAAUCACAUAGUAAAAU